AUGCAUCGCGGCGGUCGUCACAGCCAUUCCGGAAAAUCAUGGAAAAGCUGCUUCUACUUUUGCAAAUGCACUUUAUAUUUAUUCACCUUUAGUCUGGAACUAAGGACGACCUUUUCAGAGCCCACGGAGCCGGGUGUGUUUGCGUUCUACCAUGAGGGGGUGCGGGGCUGCCUGGGGGUGCAGGGUUCCUCCCUGCAGAUGUCCAGCGCCUGCGAGCAGAGCAGCCAGCGGUGGAAGUUCGUCUCCCGGGGGCGGCUCUACAACCUGGGCGCCUCCCUGUGCCUGGGGCUGAUGUCGGGCAACAGCAGCAAGCCAAUGCUCGGGGUGUACCCGUGCGACAAGGAGCCCGCCCGCGUGCGGUGGAGCUGGCACUGCAAGCAGGUGCUGGAGAGCCUCAACGACAACCUGUCCUCCCCCGCGCCCCCCACUAACAGCACCUCCAAAGAGCCCGGCGAGGGCCCACGCUGGAGGCUCUAUGGAGACGAGCAGGACCUGUGCACCAUGGCUUACCGUGAGAUCUACACUAUCCAAGGGAACUCUAAUGGCCGCCCCUGCUACCUGCCAUUCAUGUAUAACGACCAGUGGUUCCACAGCUGCACCAGCAUCGGCCGUGAGGACGGCCACCUGUGGUGCGCCACCACGUCCGACUAUGGCAAGGACGAGCGGUGGGGCUUCUGUCCCGUCAAGACCAACAACUGCGAGACGUUCUGGGACACCGACCCUGUAACCGACAGCUGUUACCAGUUCAACUUCCAGUCCACCCUGUCCUGGAACGAGGCGCGCCUCAGCUGCCAGCAGCAGGGGGCAGACUUGCUCAGCAUCACGGAGCUGCACGAGCAGACCUACAUCAACGGCCUGCUGACGGGGUACAGCUCCACCCUCUGGAUUGGCCUAAACGACCUGGACAUCAACGGGGGCUGGCAGUGGGCGGAUUCCUCGCCGGUCAAGUUCCUGUACUGGGAGCCUGAUCAGCCCAACCACUCGGACGAGGAGAACUGCGCGGUGAUCCGCACCGAGAUGACCGGCCGCUGGCAGAACCGCGACUGCUCCAUGGCCCUGCCCUACAUCUGCAAGAAGCGGCCCAAUGCCACUCUGGACCCCUUCACCACUGACUCGUGGUCGGACGAGGAGCGGCGGGAGUGCGACGUGGGCUGGCAGUCCUUCCAGACCGGAUGCUACAAGCUGACGGUGGAGAAGAAGGACUGGGACGAGGCCCAGAGGACCUGCCAGAAGAUGGAGGCCAACCUGGUCAGCAUCCACACCCUGCCGGAGCUGGAGUUCAUCAUCCACAACCUGAAGAGAGGGGUGGACGAGCUGUGGGUGGGGCUUCAUGACACCAAGGUUGAGAUGAGCUUUGAGUGGUCUGACGGCACGCCAGUCAUUUUCACGUACUGGCACCCCUUUGAGCCCAACAACUUUCGAAACACACAGGAGGAUUGCGUCACCAUCUGGGGACCUGAGGGGCGCUGGAAUGACAGCCCCUGUAACCUUACCCUACCCUCCAUCUGCAAGAAGCAGGCUCAAAAGACAGAGGGACAGAAGCAGGAUCACGGCUGUAAGCAGGGGUGGAGGUGGCACAGUCCGUCCUGCUACUGGGUGGGAGAGGAUACAGUGACGUUUGAGGAAGCGAGGAAGGCCUGUGUGAACAGCGAGGCCACCCUCGUCACGAUCACAAACAGGUUUGAGCAGGCCUUCGUCAACAGUCUGGUGUUUGGCCGAUCGAGAGACUUCUUCUGGACCGCCCUGCAGGACCUCAACAGUACCGGAACUUUCCACUGGCUCAGUGGCGAUGAGGUCUCCUACACAAACUGGAACAGGGACCAGCCCGGCCUCAAUAAAGGAGGCUGUGUCGCCCUGGCAACGGGGUACGCCACAGGACUGUGGGAGGUGAAGGACUGCAGCUCCGCCCGAGCAAAGUACAUCUGCCGUCAGAACCUGGACACGUCUCUGAGUCCUGAGCCUCCCGUCCCGGUCCCCACACCCAGCCUGACUGGAGCUUGCCCCCAGGGCUGGAAGAGCAGCAACACCUUACUUUACUGCUACAAGGUGUUCCACUUCCCCCAGCAGGACCGGAAGCUCAGCUGGCUGCAGGCUAACCUCUUCUGCAAGAAGCACGGCGCCCACCUGCUCAGCAUCGGUAGCUUCGACGAAGAGCAAUUCGUCUCACAGGUCCUCCACGAGACCUUCGGGGAGUCGGAGGAUCACGAGCAGCACUGGUUCUGGAUCGGGCUGAACCGCAGGAACCCCGUGGACAAGGGCAGCUGGAAGUGGAGCGACGGGCUGGGGUUCGUCUACCACAACUUUGGCCGCUACUUUCACGAGUACGACAUCAGGCAGUGCGCUGUGGCCGACCUGGGAACCAUGCAGUGGAUGGCCAUGCAGUGUGAGGCCCAGCUGGACUGGAUCUGCAAGAUUCCCAAAGGUGCUGCGCCUCACCCAGCCUCAGCGCCGUGUGGUAAGGAGUGGGUGAAGUUCCAGGAUGCGGAGUACAAGUUCUUUGAUCACCGGUCUACCUGGAACCAGGCCCAGCGGAUCUGCUCCUGGUUUGAAUCAUCUCUGGUCUCCGUGCAUUCACCUGCAGAGCACGCCUUCCUUACACAGUCUGUGCAGAAGCUGUCCAACGUGGAGGGGCAGCUCUGGUGGGUGGGUCUCCACACCUACGAGAAUGACGGGCGCUUCCGCUGGUCAGACCAUUCGGUGCUCAACUAUGUGUCCUGGGCCCCCGGCAGACCACGCCCUGUCAGCCGAGAUCGCAAGUGUGUGUACAUGACAGCCAACAAGGAGGAAUGGGGCGAUCAGAAGUGCUUCACCGACCUGCCCUACAUCUGUAUGAAGUAUUCAGUUUCUUCCACUACCCCGCCCACCCGACCACCCCUCAACCCUCGUGAGGGCUGCCCUGAAGGUUGGGCCCCUUUCCUCCACAAGUGUUACAAAAUCUACGGGCAUCAGGAGUUCAAGCGGGCCACGUGGUCGGCAGCUAAGGCGCUGUGCCAGUCUCAGGGAGCUGACCUAGCAGUGUUACCCAGUCAAAAGGAGCAGGCUUUCCUCACCACCCUGCUGCCCAACAUCAGCUUCAACCUGUGGAUCGGGCUGUCGGACAGCGAGAGCCUUUUCCAGUGGACCAGCAGAAAGCCCCUCACCUACACCAACUGGGCCCCUGGAGAGCCUGUGGGCCACAGAGACCCCCUGCCCACCAAGACACCGGUGAACUGUGUGGUGGCGCUUCACGGAAACCCGAAGAAGAACACGGGCAUGUGGGCAGCCCGAAGUUGUGAGCUGGAGAGACACGGCUUUGUCUGCCAGAAGCGUAAGGACCCAGCUAUUCCCCCUGGGAGUGACCCCCUGCCCCCCUCCCUGUCUGAGCCCCUGCAGUUCAGCAAUGUGUCGUACCGUGUGCUCAGGCGACGCCUGGACUGGACGGGGGCGCUGCACGUGUGCGACUCCCUCAACGCCUCCCUGGCCUGGGUGCAGGACCCCUUCCAGCAGGCCUACCUCACUCUGCUGCUCGGCACCCUGCAGCUGCCCGCCUGGAUCGGCCUCCACAGCAACGGGGGCCGGAGCUACUCCUGGCAGGGCGAGGAUCAGCUGACCUACAGUAACUGGCAGGCUGAGGAGCCCAAACACACGAUGGGGUGUGGCUACAUGACGCCUUUCGGCGAAUGGGCUGUGGACGCUUGUGAGGUGCAGAAGGAAUUUGCUGUCUGUCAGCUCAACACAGAGCCAGCCAAGGAGCAUCAGUGGAGCUUCCCUGGGCAGUGCCCCCAUCCGCUAGGGGAGUGGAGCUGGGUGCCCUUCCGAAACUUCUGCUACUCCUUCCGUCUGGAGCGGCAGCUGCAGCACCAGGAGGCCAACAAGUCCUGCACCGCAGUGGGUGCCGAGAUGCUGUCUAUCCUUGAUGAGACAGAGAAUGGUUUUGUGUGGGAGCACAUGCAGGGGUAUGAUGAGCAGGCCCAAGGGGUCUGGCUGGGCAUGACCUUCAACGCCAGGGAGGGUGGCCUUGUGUGGCCCGAAUAUGGCGGGAGCAGAGAAGUGGAGUUCACCAACUGGGAGGUGCAGGACACCAACUUGAGCAUGCUGUCGGCUAACACCUGCUUCUGGAUCCAGAGGAGUUCGGGCCUGUGGGUGCCGGGACCCUGCACUAACCGCACCCAGGCCACCAUCUGCAAAAUACCGCGAGGUUUGGAGAGUACAUUAAUAGUGUCGCGGGUGGACCACUUCCCCACUCUGGUCCCCAUCCUGGUGACGGCGCUGGUUCUGGUGGCGCUUAUCAUCGGGGUGAUCUACCUGUACCGCCGGAGCCGGGCGCGCUCCCAGGGGGCCUACGACGGGGCCCGCUACAGCCGCUCCAAGUCUAGCCCCGCCGAGCAGGUGGAGAAGAGCAUCCUGGUUUCCGACAUGGAGCUGAACGAGCAGCACGAGUAGCGGGCGGGACCAGCGGACGGGCACGGAGGCGCAGGACCGGUGGACCCACGGCAGGCUGACUCACCAUGUUUGUUUUUUUUUUUGGAAUGGGAGACAAAGAUCUGUGCAGAGCGCAGUGGGCGGCGGUCGAAAACAGACGCUAAUCCCCUCACCUUGCACCACGCCCCUAGCGCCAAGAAAACCAGCCCAUUAAGAUACACCCCCCCCCUUCCCCAGAACGCCCAAUCAGAUUACUCAGUUUGAACAACUAAUGAGGGCAACUCAUAAGGAUAUGCCACGCAGUUGCCAUCACUGACCCCUCCCCAAAC